GUCAUUCUUAACUGUUACAAUUAUACUUGCCUGGAGCUUCAUCCUACCCGGUAAACUCUCUCAAUUAGACCUGUUGACUGCUAUCGACUGCUGAGCCAUGUCUUCAACCUUGCUUGCCUCGAACUUCAUUUCGUCUCCCGUCACAAAAGACAGCAUUACGUCGCUGCAGCAUGGGGAGUAUACCUUUGACCAGCUGGUCCAAGACCUGAAGAUGUACCUUGGUAGCUCGCGGGGCAUUGGCACAGAACAAGUUGACCACCGUGUCCUCAUGGCUUUCAUGUCCAAAUAUGCCUCCAACCGAGCAGACUGGUCUCGUUUUGCACGGAACGAUCCAAGCAAGAACUAUACCCGCAACCUAGUAGCCAACAUCAACGGACGGGCAAAUCUGCUGGUUCUCGUCUGGAACCCAGAGAAAGGAUCUCCGAUCCAUGACCAUGCAAAUGCGCACUGCAUCAUGAAGAUUCUCGCGGGCGAGCUGAAUGAGGCAGUUUAUGACACUCCUGAUCCUGAACAGAGCCACGAGGCUCCGUUGAGGGUGAAGAAAGACACAACGUAUGGGACCGACGAAGUGGCCUAUAUUUGUGAUCAGAUUGGACUGCACCGGGUCAUGAAUCCUCGCAGUGACCAACUGGCCGUUUCCCUGCACUUGUAUACGCCUCCGAAUGCAGCGGACUUUGGGUACAAUAUCUAUGACCGAGAGUCGGGGCGGAGAAGUCAUGUCUACCAGGCGUAGGAUUUUAUCAAGAAUGGGCUACCGUGCGGUGCAAGUAAUGAAUAACGAACUAGAUUAAUUAAUAG